GCUAGAACAGAUUAAGAAGUAUAAUAGUUAAACAUGACGAUCAUGAAGGUUGAAGUGUUUGCGUACCUCUUGCUUCCCUUCCUCGUUGCAUUUGCGUCAGUCUCAUCGACAAACCCUCCUGUGAAGUAUGAAUCGAUCUUCAACUUCGGUAACUCAUUGAGUGACACCGGGAACUACCUCGCAGUCGGUGCACCGGGACUGCCAUUCAUUGGGCACCUCCCAUAUGGAGAGACUUACUUUGGACAAGCGACUGGUCGCUGCUCAGACGGACGUCUUAUUGUAGAUUUCAUUGCGGAGGCGCUCGGAUUGCCUUUUCUUCCACCUUAUCUAAAACUAGCCGAAGGGCCGUACGUGAAAACAGGAGUAAACUUUGCUGUCGUUGGGGCCACCGCACUUGAUGCAGAAUUUUUCUAUGCCCGGAAUUUGGGUUCAAUUCUAUUAACAAAUGAUUCUCUGAGUGUUCAAGUGAGCUGGUUUAAGAAGUGGAAGUCCUCCAUCUGUACUACUAAACAUGAAUGUGAUAUCUACUUUAAGAAGUCACUCUUCUUAGUGGGAGAGAUCGGUGGCAACGACUACAAUGUACCCUUCAUAUUUACUGGUGCUCCCCUGGAACAAGUCCGACCUUUCGUGCCAUUAGUUGUGGAAGCUGUCAUCAACGCUACAGUCGCUCUAAUUGAAGAAGGAGCAGUGAACGUUGUAGUUCCGGGAAAUAUGCCAAUAGGCUGCAUACCAGCUUAUUUGACCACAUUUCAGGGUUCUAAUCCGUCAGAUUAUAACUCGAAAACCGGAUGUUUAGACACAUUUAAUGCAUUUUCCGAGUAUCACAACGAACAGCUCCUUGAAGCACUGAAGAAGCUGAGAAAGAAAUAUCCGCAAGCAAGGAUCAUGUAUGCAGACUACUAUGGUGCAUCAAUCGACUUCUAUUACAAACCGAAACGCUACGGAUUCACUGGGGGGACCAUUAUAGCAUGUUGUGGAGGUGGCGGACCGUACAAUUUCAACCUCUCUAGAGGAUGUGGUCAGCCUGGCUCAACCUUGUGCAAGGAUCCAUCGACUUUUGUAAACUGGGAUGGAGUUCAUGGGACGGAGGCUGCGCACCGAUACAUGGCUAAAGGAUUGGUCUAUGGUCCCUUCACAUCUCCGCCACUUUAAUUUCGGUCCGGUGCCUGAGUGAUACUUCUUCGUCUUUGUGCAUCACUGAUUUAAUUUUUAGUUUUUCAUGUACUUGUGAUGACUGAACACAAUAAUGUGCAAUUUCUAAAAUAUAUUGUUGGUGGAAUAUAUUGUCUUCUACGCGUACAUCUGGUCUUGUAUUAAUUGAAGGAGGUAUGUUAUGGACUCGUUCUGCCAUGUCGCAUGUAAUGGACAAAUUGUGAUACGCUUAAUUAACCCAGAGCCACACGGUUGGUGAACGUGGAUUAUAUAUUAUCU